GAUAAAGUCUUUUAUGAGCCGUUGAAGCAAAAUCCAAAAUAGGCGCAAAAAUAUCUUCGUCUUCAUGAGCUCUGAUUCAAGAUUGUAAAUUCCAGUAGCUAAAUUUUGAUGAUUCUUUGCGUAAACGCAAACCAGCCAUGGAACUCGAUCCUCCAAACUCUCGGGCUUCUCAAAAAGUGCAAGACUCUAAACGACGUCAGUCAAAUUCAUGCGAGACUAAUAACAACUGGGUUCAUCAAGAACAAUUCUUUGACCACCAAAAUCAUCCUCAGCUUCGUUUCUUCGCCUUAUACACCUGUUGUUGAAUUUGCUCGCUACCUGUUUUUUACACAGCAUGCUUUUCGAAGGCGUCGAAAAGAAGAAGACCCAUUUCUUUGGAAUGCUGUGAUCAAGUCCCAUUCCCAUGGUUGUGACCCAAAGCAAGCUUUGGUUAUAUUCUGUUUGAUGCUUGAACUUGGGGUUCGCGUGGAUAAGUUUUCGCUCUCGUUGGUUCUGAAAGCUUGCGGUCGAAUGGGUUUAGUGAAGGAAGGAUUACAGAUUCAUGGGUUGUUAAGGAAAAUGGAAAUUGGGAAGCAUUUAUAUUUACAGAAUAGUUUGAUUGGGUGGUAUCAAAGAUGUGGGUAUGUUGAAUUUUCCAGGCAAGUGUUUGAUAGAAUGCCUAGGCGGGACUCUGUUUCUUACAACUCAAUGAUUGAUGGGUAUGUUAAGUGUGGAAUGGUUGACUUGGCGCGUGAAUUGUUUGACUCCAUGCCGGAGGAGGAGAAGAAUUCGAUUUCUUGGAAUUCAAUGAUUAGCGGGCAUGCGCAGUCUGAGAAUGAGCUCAAGUCUGCUUGGGAAUUGUUCGAGGCAGCUCCUGAAAGAGACUUAGUUUCAUGGAACACGAUGAUUGAUGGGUGUGUAAAGCACGGGAAGUUAGAAGAUGCCCAUAAUUUGUUUAAUAGGAUGCCAAAAAGGGAUGUGAUCAGUUGGGCUAACAUGAUCGAUGGGUAUGCAAAAUUAGGUAGCAUUGAUGUAGCUAGGGGCUUCUUUGAUGAAAUGCCGGAUAGAGAUGUGGUUGCCUAUAAUGCCAUGAUUGCUGGCUAUGUUCAGAAUGGAAAUUACACAGAAGCUUUAGGAAUCUUCGAGCAUAUGCUAAAAAGUGAAAUUUCACCUGACACUGCCACACUGUUGACUGUGCUUUCAGCUGUUGCCCAAUUGGGACACCUUGAGAAUGGGGUUGCUAUACAUUGCUAUCUAGAGGAAAAUGGGUUUCCUGUGGGUGGGAAACUUGGUGUCGCACUUAUUGAUAUGUAUGCCAAAUGUGGCAGUUUAGAGAAUGCUGAGAUUGUAUUUGAAAAUAUAGAGGAAGAAAGAAGUGUUGAUCACUGGAAUGCUAUGAUUGGCGGGCUGGCAAUCCACGGUUUGGGUGAACUGGCUUUUGGUUUGCUCCUGGAUAUGGAGAGACUUUGCGUAGAGCCAGAUGAUAUCACAUUCAUUGGAGUGCUUAAUGCUUGUGGCCAUGUUGGUUUGGUUAAGGAAGGUCUAAUAUGUUUUGAGCUCAUGCGAAGAGUUCACAAGUUGGAGCCAAAAAUGCAACACUAUGGAUGUGUUGUUGAUAUCCUUGGCCGUGCUGGGCUAAUAGAAGAAGCCAGAAGAUUUAUCAAUGGAAUGCCUAUUGAGCCAAAUGAUGUUGUUUGGAGGACUUUGCUGGGUGCCUGUAAGAAUUAUGAAAAAUUCAGCAUCGGAGAGCCGGUAGCCAAGAAUCUCAUUAGACAGGAUUCUUGUAAUUCGAGUGCUUAUGUGCUUCUGUCUAAUAUGUAUGCUGGCUUAAGCAUGUGGGAUGAUGUUCGAAAGGUUAGGAUGAAGAUGAGAGAAAAGAACAUAAAGAAAUUUCCUGGUUGCAGUUGGAUUGAACACGAGGGAAUUGUUCAUGAGUUUUUUGUGCGAGACAACUCUCAUCCCCAAGUUAGGGAGAUGCAUUCCAUGCUGAACGGCCUUUGGACGCCCAAUUCUGAGGUCAGCGACUCUAGAGUUUAUGGUUGAGUUGAACAUGCCCAGCAUUUAUAGGGAUUUGGCUUUAAAAAAGGCUUUGUCGCACGUUCUAUCUUUUCCUUUUCAAUCAUUGGGCAUUUUCUUAUUGAUGUAUAGUUUCUUUCUUAUGUAAACCAAGUCCAAGUGUAACUACCCACUUCUGUUUAUUAGCAACAAAACAUUUCUUAUUUUAUUAA